ACUGAGAAGAUGAUGAGCUCAAGCUAUUGGAAUGAGACCACCAGCAGCAGCUGUGGGACUCAGCAGCCCCCAGAGGUGCUGCAGUGUCAGCCCCACCAUUACCACUGUUACCAUCAGACAAACCAAACCCAGCAACCUCCAGAAAAAAAUGUAGUGUAUGAACGAGUGAGGACCUACAGCGGGCCCAUGAACAAAGUGGUGCAGGCCUUGGACCCCGUCGGCUCUAGGGAAGUGCUCUCCCCACUCAAAACUGCCUCCUCCUAUCAAAAUUUGGUUUUCAGCGACCAUUCCCAGGAACUCCAUUCUCCAACUUUGAAAAUAUCUACUUGUGCCCCAAGCACUCUACAUAUAACGCAAAGUGCCGAACAGGAACUCCAUUCUCCAACAGUGAAAGUUACCACAUACCCACAGACCACUAUUAGAAGAUACAUAGUACAAAAUCCUGAACAGGAACCACUGUCUCCAUUUCUAAGAGGAAGCAAUUUCUUCCCAGGCAACAAUGUUAUUUAUGAGAAAACAAUAAGAAAGGUGGAGAAGUUGAAUAUGGAUCAAGAAUGCUAUCCUCAAGUUCAAUGCCAUCAUCACAUUGUCCAGCAGCCUCAGAUCAUCCACUCUCCCCACUGUCAACAAUCUCACUGUGGUCAGCAAAUCCAAAGCAUUACAGGAAGUGAUUCAAUUUCAACAGCCAUUGGAAGUGAACUGUGUCAUAGUGGAGCAAACCAGAUCCAUGAGCAGGUGAUAAUUCAGGAUGAUGGCCCUGAAAAACUGGACCCCAAAUAUUUUGGAGAAUUGCUUGCUGAUCUAAGCCGUAAGAAUACAGAUCUAUAUCACUGCUUACUAGAGCAUUUGCAGAGAAUUGGAGGAAGCAAACAGGACUUUGAGUCUACAGAUAAAUCAGAAGACAUUGAAUCAUUAAUUCCUGCAGGAUUGUCAGAAUUUACAAAGCAGCAAAUUCGCUAUAUUUUGCAGAUGAGAGGAAUGUCUGAUAAGUCACUCCGGCUAGUGUUGUCUACAUUCAGCAAUAUACGAGAGGAGCUUGGACAUCUUCAGAAUGACUUGACAUCACUGGAAAAUGACAAGAUAAGACUUGAGAAGGAUUUGGCAUUCAAAGAAACUCAAAUAAAAGAAUAUGAAGAGCUCUUGGCAUCAGUGAGAGCAAAUAAUCGCCAGCAGCAAGAAGGACUUCAAGACUCAAACUCAAAAUGCCAAGCACUGGAGGAAAAUAAUCUUUCUCUUCGACAUACAGUAUCAGAUAUGGAAUACAGACUAAAAGAACUGGAAUUUUGUAAACAUAAUUUAGAGCAAGAGAAUAAAAACCUUAGAAUGCAGGUUUCUGAGACUUGUAGCAGCCCUGUGCUGCAGGCUAAAAUGGAUGAGAUUGGCAACCACUACAUGGAAAUGGUAAAAAACUUGAGACUCGAGAAAGAUCAUGAGAUCAGCAAGCUGAGGUCCCAGCUAAACCAGUACCAAAAAGAUGUUUCAAGGAGAGAAGGAAGUUGCAGUGACUUUCAAUUCAAGCUUCAUGAACUAACAAGCUUGCUGGAAGAGAAGGAUUCCCUUAUAAAGCGCCAGUCAGAGGAACUCUCAAAGUUGAGACAAGAAAUAUAUUCAUCUCAUAACCAACUCUCCAGCAAUGGAAGGACUACCAUUACCACUAAAAAGUACAGGACACAGUAUCCAAUCCUAGGCCUCCUGUAUGAUGAUUAUGAAUACAUACCGCCAGGCAGUGACACACAGACUAUUGUGAUUGAGAAAACAGAAGACAAAUGGACUUCUCCAUGAAUGAAUCCA